AUGCCAGUGGUUUAUGGACCACAGCCAUUACGGCCUUUGAAUACUGAAACAAGACAUGGAUUUGAAGAACAAUAUAAUAGUGAACAAUUCAUACAAUUGUUGAUGAAUGAUUUUAUUUUCUACUAUGAUGAUAAAAGAUUUAGAACAAAUGGGAACCCUGUCCUAGAAGAAGAUAAGAUACGGGAUGUUGAUGGAUAUUAUCAAGCUAUCCCAGAUUGGAAGAUAAUGAAAGAUAGACAAAAGACAGUCAAUGCAGCAUUACUAUUAUGUCUGAAUCUUGGAGUAGACCCUCCUGACGUGAUUAAAACACAUCCAUGUGCAAGAUUAGAGUCAUGGGUGGAUCCAUUGGAUUUCCAAGAUUCCAAAAAAGCUAUCGAACAAAUAGGGAAGAAUUUGCAAUCACAAUACGAAACAUUAUCCCUAAGAUGUAGAUAUAAACAAAGUUUAGAUCCGUGCGUGGAAGACGUGAAAAGAUUUUGUAAUACUUUGAGAAGAAAUUCAAAAACUGAUCGUAUUUUAUUCCAUUAUAAUGGCCAUGGAGUUCCUCAACCUACUCCAUCGGGUGAAAUUUGGGUAUUUAACAGAGGAUAUACACAAUAUAUACCUGUUUCACUCUAUGAUCUACAAAAUUGGCUAGGCGCACCAUGCGUCUUCGUCUAUGACUGUAAUAGUGCAGGGAACAUCGUUACAAAUUUCCAAAAUUUCGUUCAAAAAAGGAUCAAAGAUGAUGAAGAUGGGAAUCAUGACUCUUCAGCACCAUCUCCUACAUCAGCUUAUCAAGAAUGUUUCCAAUUAGCGUCAUGUCAAGUAGGAGAACUACUAUUAAUGAGUCCGGAACUUCCAGCAGACUUAUUCACUUGUUGUUUAACAUGCCCCAUUGAAAUUAGUGUCAGAGUCUUCCUAAUGCAAUCCCCUUUGAAACACUCUAAAUAUAGGAUUUUCUUCGAAAACACAUCAGCUCAGAAAAAAAGGGAGUCAUUAUCUGACCAUUCGAAAUUAUCUAAUAUUCCAACUGUGAAUAUACCUGGCGCAUUAGCUGAUAGAAGAACACCUUUGGGUGAACUAAAUUGGAUCUUUACCGCAGUCACAGACACUAUCGCAUGGACAUCACUGCCGAGACCAUUAUUCAUUAAACUAUUUAGACAUGACCUAAUGAUCGCUGCGUUAUUCCGGAAUUUUUUAUUGGCUAAAAGAAUUAUGCCAUGGUACAAUUGCCAUCCAGUGUCGGACCCUGAAUUACCAAAUUCUAUAGCAGAUCACCCCAUGUGGAAAUCUUGGGAUCUUGCAAUGGAUGAAGUACUUGGGAAAUUAGUUUCUGAUUUGAAAAAUUCACCCGUUAACUCAGAGUUGGAGAAUCAAUUGAUCUUGCAACAACAAGACAACUUCCAAAAUUCAAAACCUUCUCGGCAGCAGCAACAACAACAACAAAGGUCAGAAAGUAUACAAACACAAUCGAGAUUCGCAGUAGGGAAUUUGAGUACUAUGUCCUUGGUUAACCUUCCAGGAUUAAAUUCGAGAAGGCAAUCUACUCUUGCAGCAGUACAACACCCGCAACCACAAUCACACACACAACAACAACAACAACAACAAUUUACAGGAUUUUUCGAACAAAAUCUAACAGCUUUUGAACUUUGGUUGAAAUAUGCAUCUAAUGCUAGGCAUCCACCAGAACAACUGCCUAUCGUUUUACAGGUCUUACUUUCUCAAGUACAUCGUAUUAGAGCAUUAGUACUUCUAUCCAGGUUCUUAGAUUUAGGUCCCUGGGCUGUUUACCUCUCUUUAUCAAUUGGUAUCUUCCCAUAUGUUUUAAAGCUUCUACAAAGUCCAGCACCUGAACUGAAACCAAUCUUAGUUUUCAUAUGGGCAAGAAUUAUGUCAAUCGAUUAUAAAAAUACACAAGCUGAACUUAUCAAAGAAAAAGGUUAUUUAUAUUUCAUUACAAUCUUAGUUCCUGACUGGGGUAUCAUACCGCAAGCGCCAUUAAGUGCUACAUCUUCAUUUAUUAAUAAUGGCACUGGACCAAUAACAAUAUCUACUUCAAUCAAUGGCUUACAAAAUAUGAAUCAACAACAACAACAACAACAAUAUUCUUUAAACGAUACCACUGAUGAGCAGAAAGCCAUGGCAGUGUUUGUAUUGGCAUCCUUUGUACGAGAGUUUAAACCAGGCCAAAAAUUAUGCUUUAGUACUCAAUUAUUGAAUAAACUUUGUUUUUACAUUGAAAACUCUGACAUUCCACUGUUGAGACAAUGGAGUGUCUUACUCGUAGGUUUAUUAUAUUCACAAAAUCCAUUGAAUAAAUUUAUUUGUCUCAUCAAUUAUUCUCUACAAACUAUUAUUAAAUCAUUAGAUGAUCCUGUACCGGAAGUUAGAACAGCUUCUAUUUUAACUUUAAGAUAUUUUAUAUCUGAUUUAGAUGAAGCUGAGAUAAUUAUUCGGCUUCAACAAGAAUAUUCACAACAAUUCCAACAAUUACAUGCCCAAAUGCAACAUUUACAAAAUAAUAUACAACAGCAACAGCAGCAACAACAACAGCAACAACAAGCACAUCAAUACCAACAAUUUGAGCAACAACAAUUAAAACUCGAACAACAAUUGAAUCAAUGCCAAAUGAUGCAAUCACAACUAGAAAAGAUUGAUCUUAGGAAAUUGAAACAACAAGAAUUGUCAACUUUGACAUCUAUCUUACCAUUAAUCAAUGAUGGUUCUCCACUAGUAAGAAAAGAAAUCCUGCUAUAUUUCUCACAGGUUAUCUACAGAUAUAUCAAUCUUUUCAUUGUCGCUGUCUUUAAUGAGUUAUUAGAGGAAUUAGAUCAAUUAGAAGGUGGUCAUAUGUACACCGAUAAGAAUGAUGUGAAUAAAAAUGCAAAACAGUCAAUUAGCCACGGUUCAAUUUUUUCAGCGGUUUGGAAGGCAUUAUUGAUCCUUAUGGAAGAUCCCUACCUGGAAAAUAAAAUGAUCGCGGAAAAAAUUGUUUCUUAUAUAUUAUUAGAACUAAGCUCUCAUAAAGAACUGGGAACAACAUUCGAUAAAAUUACACAUUAUUUGAUUAAGAGAAAUGCAAAUUCUGACAUAAAUAGUAUGAAUUUUGCAAAUAAUUCACAAAUUCAAAUAGGAAGUGGAACUUACCGGUCGUUUCAAAAUAAUAGGAAAUCAGGUAAGAAAAAUAAUGAUAUGCGAGAAACAAAAAGUGCCGGUACCUAUUCUGUUCUUUCGAGGUUUUUCAGUAGAUUGGGCUUUGAAGAGCAGAAUAACCAGAAUAAUGAAAAUGAAAAUGUACAAACGGGACUUACAAAUAAUGGUGGUAUAGUUGGUAAAAAAUAUAGUAAAAAACCAAGAACAGCUUUAUUAGCAACAUCCUAUGGUGUGUCCCCAGCUGUAAAAACACCAUACAUGAGAUAUGAUGAAAAGAGAAUGACUUUGCCCCUAGAAAGUCAGUUUUUGGAAUACGCAUGCGAAUAUUUUCACGAACCUCAAAUGAGAAAGCAAGAAUCUGAUGAGGUCGGAAGCAAAGAUUAUAAUGGAAGACUUUGGAGAAGAAAUAGAAAUGAAAAAAUUAUUCAAGAAACACAAAAACAAAAGGGAUUAUCAUUAUAUGGUAAUUGGGCAAAUAAAUUUUUAACUUUAGACAACAAAACACAACCGAAGAUUUUACGUUUUACGCAAUUCGAAGAUUAUUUGGUUUCAGCUGAUGAUAGAGAUAAUAUUACUGUUUUUGACUGGACUGCAAAGAAAAAGCUAUCGAGAUUUUCGAACGGUAACCCAUUUGGUUCAAAAAUUACCGACGUUAAAUUUUUGAAUGAAGAUGAUCAAACACUUUUAUUGACAGGUUCUUCGGAUGGUAUUGUUAAAAUAUAUAGAGAUUUCCAUUCUAUUGAGGAAAUUAAAUUGAUUUCUGCAUGUAGAGCACUUACAGAUAUGUUGCUGACUCCAAGGUCUAGUGGAUUAUUAACAGAAUGGCAACAAAUUAGGGGUUCUUUAUUGGCAACUGGGGAUGUAAAAAUAAUUAGGAUCUGGGAUGCCCAUACGGAAACUGUGGAAGUCGAUAUUCCUGCUAAAACAUCUUCUUUGAUUACCUCUUUAACAUCGGACCAGUUAGCAGGUGACAUAUUUACAGCUGGUUUUGCAGAUGGGACGUUAAGGGUUUAUGAUCGUCGUAUGGAUCCGAGGGACUCAAUGGUGCGUCGUUGGAGAGCAGGCGAUGGGUCUCAGGGGGCAUGGAUCAAUAAUGUCCAAUUACAAAGAGGUGGUUAUAGGGAAUUAGUUAGUAGCACCACAAAUUGUGUGGUACAAUUAUGGGAUAUGAGAUCAGAAGAUCCUGUACUGACUUUUAUAGAUGAAGACACUAAUCAUGGCACCCAGAAGAAAAAUACGACGUUAACCUGUAUGCAAGUUCAUGAGCAUGCUCCCGUCAUCGCAACUGGAACAAAACAAAUUAAAAUAUGGACUACAUCCGGUGAUUUGCUGUCAUCUUUUAAGAAUAACCACUAUAUGGGUAGCGGUAUGGCCAAUACGCUAGUUGCAACAGGUAUCGGUGCCUCUUUAUCUUACUCCUCUACAUCAGGCACAUUCUUGUCGUCAUUAGCAUUCCACCCUCAUAGGAUGAUGCUGGCUGCCAAUAAUUCGCACGAUACAAAUAUAACAAUAUACAAUUGUGAAGGGCAAAGAGGAAGAUAA